UUAUUUGUUUUUAGGCUGCUUGUAAAAUUCUGUUCAUGCUCUAUGUUGAUUUCAGCUGUUAAAGUAUUUAGAACUGUUAAAUUUAGUUGUAUUUUAAUGGAACAUCCAGUUGUGUGGGCAUAUACAAUGUAACUGUAUAAAGUAAGUUUUUCCCUUUCUUGAAAACCACAUAUAACUACUUAUAUUUCACUUAAAUCACCAGCCUUUGAAAAUUUCACAUUUGAAAGUAGUAUUGCCCUUAAUGAGUCUUCCAGGCCUUUUGCUUAGACUUUCAAAGCUACUGGAGAUUCCCCCCCCCCACCCCCUGCUCUGAAAAUUGCCUUCAUAAAACCAUUGUUGUUCAAAUCAUGUAAGAUGAGUUCCCAUCAGCUGUAUGUUUUGCUUAAUGAUGCAUCAAAACUGAUUUGACUUUGAUUUAAAGUAAUUGCUUGUGCCCCUUUCUGUGGUUUAUUGCAAAGGUGAUAUAAAAAAAAAAAGAGGCAAAGUCUUUGCUGUGUUGAAGCCCUGAUUAAUGCAGGGCAUGAGGCAUUAAGAUGACAGCUAAGGUUCUCCAGUUGCGUGGACAGGUUUUCACUGGCUGCAGCCCUGGCAAUGGUGAUAUGGCAGUGCUCAGCAUCGGGCCAGCAGCACGUGUUCUCUUACACCACCUCGGAGCUGGCCAAGGAGUCCUACUCUUCUCCUUCCCUACCUGAGCUGUUGUGUAGGGUGAGGUGCCAUGGCUGGCUUGAUGCCUUCAAAGGCAGAAAUUGUCUAGCUGUUUUAUUUGCUGGAAUAAAGCAGGGAGCUUGUUUUACAAUAUUAUACUAAAGGCAGAAUUACAUUGAUCAGCUGCAGACAAGGAAUGUUGCUUACAAUCGAGUUGAUAUUAAAGUGCAAGUUUGGUUAUUUUUACUGCGUUUUUUUGACAUAAAAAUAACCCCUGUACUCAUUAAUUUAAGAUUUAGUGUUUCAGCCUCUUGAUGGUGGCUCCAUACCAUGUAUGAAAGGACUGAAGAAACCUAACUGCCUAAGAAAGUGUUGCAUUUUCUUACAGGAAUACAGAAUGUUUCUUCUCAUUUAUUGUGUCUAGUGGCUUCAACUUAGUAAUGUUCAUACAUUUAUAUCCAGUGUUUUAUUGCUUGCAGAAUAUAUGCAAGUGUCUUGAUUUCUGUGCUCAUUCAGGACAAUUCUUAGCAUGGGACCUACUCAAGGCUAGAGUUUGGUCAAAUAUUUCUAGCAUAGUUUUUUCAAAUGAAAAUAUUCGCUCCCAUGAAAUGAAAGUGUUCUCUUGGCAUAUCAGUUUCAUCAUUGUCUUUGUGACAUGUUAUCUCAAGUUGACUACUGUAAAACAAAUGAUUUGACUUGUCUGUGCUGUUUUUGUGAAUCGAAAAGGAAGUUCCAGUCUCAAUGAUUUUUUUUUAUUUUUUUUUUUUAAUAAAUGAUGUAUGGAGUAGUAAUAUAAAAUCUUGGUUUCUUAUGCAAUGGACAUACUUGAUUUUUGUUGUGGGGUGGGUUGUGAUUUAUUUAUUUAUUCUUCACCUCACUACCCCCCUUCAGUUUGUACUCCAAGGUCCUGUAAUAAAGGGGUUUAAGCCUAUCAUUUCUCUAUAGCUAAAGCCAUGAUUUUUUUUUUUUCCUAUAAAGACCAUACAACAGCCAGAAUAGCUUGUUUCUAAUUUGAACAUGAAGGUAGCUUUCAGCCUUUUACAGCAGUGAUGAAUGUGUGUUAGUGGCAGAGAAAUUAUAUGUGCAUUUUAGGCUGCAAUUUAACUAUCGUGGAUGCAGAGUUGAAGCAAACUUAACCUAUGUUUUCAACUCAGUAACAUACAAUUAGGAUGGUAUCCACAUCAGCCAGACGUAUGCAGCUAAUGCUACUGUACUGGACCACAGCUGUAGAAUACAGAGUAUUUAAUUGUGUUAUAAUGAAUUAAGUAGCAGAAUUUUUAUUUGAUUAGUAGCAAAGGACUUUCAAAACAACAAGUGAGUGCAUAUACUAGGUGUGUUGCAGCAGAAUAUCUUUCCUGUGGUCUCCAUAAAGUAAAAUUUAAAAGCCUGGUAAAUGUUAAAAGAUAAAUAACUGGAGACAUUUUGAACCAUGCAAAUAUAGGCCAUCUCAGCCUUUAUUAGCAGCAAAAAGGCUUCUUGCUACUUCUUCACAGGCCUUUGAACUGUAGGAUUACAAAUCAAUUUAGUAAUCACUAUCUAUCUGAAGGUCUUUAAAGGCUAACAUCAGUGACUAAAGUGAAGAUAAACAAGAAUAACCAGUCUAUGACUGUGACAGAUCCACUAUUGAAAAUAACUCUUUUAAUGUACUUAAAUAACAUGGUAUAUUUCAGUUAAAAAUUAGCUUCCAAAAGAGAAAUAACUGAUUUAAAGUACAGAAUUAACAACAACAAAACAAACAAAAGACCCCCCCCCAGGUUAGAGUUUCGUGGUCUGUCUAUACAGUGCUCCUCACAUAAAUGCCAUUUUGAAGGAAUGUUUUAUGUGGUUAAAUAGAUGAAGAAAGCCCUAUAGAAUAAAUCUGAUAAAUGCAAGAGUGAGCACUGACUGUCACCUUGAGUGCCUGGACUGAGCCAACAGGUUCACUUUAUUAACGCAGCAUGCUGAAGUAAAGGGAAACGCUAAAUGAAUAACAGGAUGCAAAUGGGGGGUGUGUAAAUUCCUGCGGAAAGUAAAAUAUAAACGUGUAAUCAAAUGAUCUUGCUUGAAAGGAAACUCAAGUUUUUGCUGUAACAAUGGCUAUUUUUUCAAAGAAAACACUUGCAUUUUUCCAAGUUGAAAUAAUCUAGAGUGGAUGUCUGGUUUUUGAAGGUGGGAAGUCUGGAGAAAAAAGGAACUGUUUUAUGAAAGACAUCUCAAGAAGUUGCAUCAAUUUGAAUAAGCAUACCUCACUUUGACGUCUACAAGGUUUAAAAGCAAAGUGUAUAUAAAUAAAAGGCAUCUCUCCAGCUCCCAGUCAUUAAAAUGGUACAGAAUUCUCUUCAGAGCUAAAGCCAGAUGAGUUUUUCCAUGGUGUUGGCUAAAAUGCAGUAGACUUCUUCACACUUACCAUAUUUCAGGUUGUAGGAAAUAGGUGUACAUAGGAAUACAGAAUAUAUAUAUAUAUAUAUUUUUUUUUUUUUCUUCCACAACAUUUAACCAUCUUCCUUUCCUCUGUUGGUAACUGAUUGUAUUUUGUUAAGCAGUUGUUGUAGUCUGUUAGCAGUAGCCAUCAAAUAACUUCACUAAGUGAUCCUUCUGUAUUUUUACCCCUUUAGACACACCAGUUCAAUGAUGCUCUAGCUGUCUCUGUGGUCAGGUUAGUCUCGAGUCUACACAACAUUAAAAGGCUUUCUGUAUUCCUAUGUCAAGCAAACCAGCAUGCUCCUGUGUGUAUGAAUUUGACCUUAACAGUUCUGUAAUCAAGAAGUUUCAGUAGUGGCUUGAAAUAACGUCUCUCAAGUCUGUUUCUUUAUAAAAGUCAAAGUUCCUGAAUGGUGACUCAAAGCUAAGAAGUGAUUUAAGGUGAAGUCACUUCUCAGCUGUGCAGUGCUAUCUGCCUGUACUGAAGUGGCUUAGCAGUCCUCAAACAGGUUAAAUUAAAUCACUGCUGAAGUAUUUAUUUUGUGGGUGUGAGAUAAUUUCUGAAGGUGGCUUAAGGCAAACUUUGUGUUUUUGAGAGACUAGAAUAAAUCAGACAACUGUCUUCGGACAGUAAAGAAAGACUUUAUAUGUUGUCCUAGUAUUAUUUUACUCCGUUUUGAUGCUGAGUGCCCAUGGAUGUGUGCAUUCAGCGGUGAAAAAUGCAAAGUGGAAUAUGGGACAACAGCUCUUUGUGUGGGCGCAGGUUAGUGUGAGUUCAGCAUCUGGAGCACAACUGGACGAUCAUAUAGGCAUAGCCUGUGCUCCUUGUGCCUACUAAAAAGAAAAAGCCCUUUUGCCUCUAGCUUUGGUCUUUAUAUGAUGAAUUGAUAGUAAUUUAAAUAUUUUGCUUUAAGGAAGAAUUUUUAUAGUGAGUCUUCUCGGGGCUUUGUUGAAGUGGUUAGAUUAAAUGGGAUAAAAGUAGAGUUCACGUGAUUUAUCACUUUUUUAAUGUUGAGGACAUGAUUUUUCUUUUUAAAGGUAUAAUGAGAAUUAAGGAGAGGUUUGCAGAAUCAAGAAUGAAGUAGCUGUAUCAAUACAUUAGAAACAAAAUUUAGCAUGUUGCUUAUUAAUUAUCCUUUCAUCCAUUUCACUAAGAAUUCCUGUGGUUUAAAGCAUGUGUUUUUUUUUCCCUCUUGCUUAUUGGACAGUAUUCUGCAAUUACAGAGGAAAGUUUCUGCUCAAAAUUAGUUUAGAAUUGGUUUCUUAUGUUGUAUGCAAGUGAUUCUGGCAAGCACAGCAAUAACAAAAUAAUUAAGAAUUUUUUCCAGUGAGUUCGUAUUGCCUAAUUUUGCUUUGUAAUAUAAUUAACACACAUUCUUUGGCAUAACAUAGCUUAAAUUUGCAAUGCACCCAUUGUCAUCACAUAAAAUAUGUUCUUUGAUAUAGUGUAUUUUUCUUGUGAUGCCUGAUGUUCUAUCGUACUGUGUAUUGCAGAGAACAGACUGCACAUGGUUCCUGCUCUGGGAAGUACUGCUUAAGAUAAGAUGUACAGAUGGGAAAGACAAGCAAAGUGGGAGACAAUGUAUUUAUUCUGUCACAUUGAAAAGGGCUGCAACAUACCUAUGGUUCAGUGGACAUAGGUAGCCUUUCUGCUCAGUGUUGGGUGCUGGUCUGAAAGUACAAAACUCAACCCAUGAAGGCCAGGAUAAUACUGCAGAUCUGGCCUGACUUGCUUUUAUUUCAGACUGUUGCUUUAUUUAUCUGCCUUGCUUGUCUCAUGCAGCUCUCCUCAUGUAUUUUUUGGAAGGGGGACUUCCCUUUCAUGUCACCCUCUUUUGCUGCUGCUCUUGCUGCCGCCUCAGGAAAAGCCCAAGCCCUCCAGGGUAGAGCUGUGGAGUUGGGCUGCGCUUACUGCUUUCAGGUGUUUAUGUUGCCAUAUAGGAGUUUACUGUUGCAAGCAGGUUCUAGUAGGCUUGGCUGGCCUUGCUUGAUUCAUUACUCUGUCCUGAGCCAUUUUUGUAUUCCCAAUGUGGAAAAAAACCCCAUAGUCUGAAGGAGAUUGUUUGUGGCUUUUUUAGAACAACAUCUGAAUUUCAUGGAAAUAAGUUAAAUGUAGCAUACACCACAUCUCUCUUUUUCACAUUUUUGAAUGAACUGUUUUGAAUCUUGUCUGAGAAUGGGAGGGGAAAAAAAUGAAAAAGAAAAACUGAAACAAAUCAACUGUCUCUUUGUAAUGUCUUUCCCACUGGCCCCAAUCCAAAAUCAUUACAAAAGAUGAACCUUGGAAUUGCAUUUUAUUUCAGUAUCAAACUAUCGUACUGUUCAAGUUAUUUCCUGAUCCAUUUUCCCCUCCACCCCCAAUCCCCUGAGAUUCAUACUGACCAUUUGUGGCUGUUCUGCUACAGGCUAUUUUAGCCUGUAUUUUUACAUUACAGAGUGUAAGUAGGGAUUUAGGCUUUGAAGUGCUAAAUUCUGAUUCUCAAAAAUGAUAAUUGGAGCCACGUAGCUGUGACAUCAUCCUAAAUCUCAAAAUGUGUAUGUUUUCAUUGUUAGAUGCUCAUUCUUAGCUUGCUCAGAAACAUUUUACUUUUAGGAGUACUGUGUUUCUAUGUACAUCGUGCAGCUAGGCAGCUCUGUACCCCUAUGGACUGAUAUAAGUGACGUUUAAUAUACCCCAAACUGAACAUUCUAGGAUUGAAUAUUCUGUUUCUGUCACAAAGUAAAAUCUUAAUAUGGCAAUAUAUUUCGAAGAUAAAGAGGGGAAGCCAGGUACAAAUACAAAUAGUUACUGUAUCCUUUAUAUUUUCCUGUUGCACUAGUUUUAAUAUUUCAGUGAUUAAUGUUAAUCAUUGCUACAAUUACCUUUGCAAGGAAGAGAAAUAAAGGUUAUCUCUUGUCUGCCCUAUAUGUAUCAUUUUAUCAAAAGUAUAUGGAAUGUCAGUGUAGGAGCCUCUUAUGUUCCCCAAAGCUGUUGUAAAAUUUCUUGAAAGCCCUGUCCCACUAUGCAGAGCAUUUGUCUUUGCUUUAUAGCCCUUGUUACUAGUGAGAUUAGCUUUAAGCAUACUGUUCUGGGCUUUGCUCUGCAUACCUGUUGCAGUGAAUAGUCUCUUGUUUGCAAAAAGAGAGCCUAAAAUAUAAUUUAUUGUAUGCUAACCGUGUAAGUGUGCUGGAGUUUUACAUUGUUAGGAUUAGUAUGAAAUUCAAACCCACAACAGGCAGCAAAAUAAAAAGCCUGGCUUUGGGAGGUACUGCUGGUUCUGUGACGCUGUGUGUUCCAAAUCUUGUAGUCUUUGUUUGCAUUUUUCUUACUAUGCUGUAGUAUCUAAAGAUAAUGAGCUUUGGGACUUUUUGUUGUACAAACAAUAUCAAUUGUUGAUCCCUCCUCCAAAGACAGUUUGACUGGAGAAAUAUAGUUAGAGGUAUCACCAGGAUCUCAACAUCUGUCUUCCGUGGGCUUUGUGAUUCAUCCAUUUGAAUUUGUGCAAGCAUAGUUUGCUUGACUAUGACCUUAAAAAUGUCCUGGUAAUUUAAGACUUCAGCAUGAAUACACUUUAAAAAUGUGUACAAAUAAUCUGUUAAUACUGGAGUAGCUUUUAAUGCUGUGUCUGCCUUUAUGACUCAGCAGUUUUCCUCCUGUGUGUGCUUGUUGAUGGGAGAAAUACCUUGACUUUUCCUGUUUGACUUUAUCUGUUUUCUGAUAAGGAAAUAAGACUUGCCUGUAUGACUAAGCUCUGUAGAUGUUUACAGUUCUAGGUUAUAACACUGUUUAUUUUUUCUGAGUAAACAAAAACUUUUAGCUCUGUUAAAACAGUUUCUGCUCCAUACAUGCUUUGGUAGAGCACUAAGUCGUUAAAGAAUUAUUCCUUUGUGAAUCAUUUUGGCAACCUGGCUAGAUAGCCAGAAGUUAAUUCCAGUUACCAGAGCUCAGUUGCUGUAAUGGAUAAAUUUAUAAUUUCUUUUUAAGAUAAUCUGAAAAAAAAGUAAAAUUAAAAAAAAAAAUUCAGAAGUGCUCUUCGAAGUUUCACAUGAUGUUUAAUACCUUUAUCAAUGAUGUAGGUGAGGGGAUUGAGUGCAUCCUCACCAAGUUUGCAGAUGACACCAAGCUGGGUGGGAGUGUUGAUCUGCUGGAGGGUAGGAAGGCCAUACAGAAGCAUCUGGACCAGCUGGAUUGAUGGGCUGAGGCCAAUUGUACAAGGUUCAACAAGGCCAAGUGCUGGGUCCUGCACUUGAGUCAUGACAACCCCAUGCAACACGUCAGACUUCAGAAAGAGUGACUGGGAAAACUACCUGGCAAAAAGGGCAAGUUCUAUGAGGAGCAGUUGAGGGAACUGGAGAAAAGGAGGCUGAGGGGAGACCUUAGCGCUGUCUACAACUACCUGAAAGGAGAUUGUAGCACGGAGGGUGUUGGUCUUUUCUCUGAAGUAACAGUGAUAGGACAAGAGGAAAUGGCCUCAAGUUGUGUCAGGGGAGGUUUAGAUUGGAUAUUAGGAAAAAUUUAUUCACUGAAAGGGUUGUCAGGCAUCGGAACAGGCUGCCCAGGGAAGUGGAGGUCUUUAAAAGAUGUGUAGCUGUGGGGCUUGGGGACAUGGUUUAGUGGUGGACUUGGCAGUGCUAGGUGAACAGUUGGACUUCAUGAUCGUAACAGUCUUUUCCACCCUAAAUGAUUCUGUGAUUCUAUGUAUUGAUGCUUCCCGGGAGAAGCCUCCCAGGUGUUCCUUUACCUCAGUGCAGUGGUGGACUGUCCACACUCCAUGUUUUAACAAGGCGUUAUGUUAAUGAUAAAACUUACCAUGGUUAGAAACUUGAAUGGAGUGAACUGUAAGAACCGAACAGAGUGAUCUGAAACUGCCUUAAGAAAAUGUAGGCUUGCUGUUUGCCAGCUGUUAACAUUAAAGGGGAAACAGAAAUAGGAAUUAGUUGCCUUCAGUGAUGCAUACUAAACUCUGUUUUUAAUUGAACAAAGAGAUGCUCAUUUUUUUCCACUGAAUAAGUGCUUCUUGAAAUUCAACUCAUGUGCCUUUUGAAUUGCUUAGUACUGCACACUUUAUGCGUGGCAUCAUAUAAUAUUCUAAUGCACCUAAAGACAGAUAUAUUUAGCCCCUCAAGACAAAUUCUAGCUGAUUACAUAAAGUAUGAAUUUACUGGAGCAAGUCCGUGGCCUGGGUGGUCAAAUAUUCUAACUCCUCUAUCAGGCUUCAUUGUCACUUAUUCAGUGGUUCAGUUCCCGUGGUACUUGGUAUUAACUUAUCGUUUCUACAAAUUGAAAGCAUAACAAAUGGAUGAUGAUUUUUAAACAAUAUGUAAUUUCUGAUUAACUUUAUGCAUAUAAACUUUAUGCAUUGUUCUAAUGUAUGGAAAAAAAUAAGUUAUAAGAAAAGAAAACUCCGUUUUAGGAACCAAGGUUCAAAAAACCAAAAAAUAUGAUAUGUGGGUGCCUCUGUGCAUGUAUACUCAGCUUCUCAUAGGUCUCAUUCCACAAGGAGGUCAAUCUCUUCAUGUUCUCUUUUGACUUUUCAUCCCUCACCUCAAAAAAAAGUAGCAAGCUUUUUUCUUAUCUUUUUGUGCCUAAAGCAGUAUGACAUAGGUCUGAUGGUAAGUUACAAGCAUGCACCUCUCGCUGACUUUCUGUAGAAGCAAGUAAGAGGUACCCAGACAACAACUGAAUGGGAAAUGCCUCGGAAGAGAACCGGGUGUGCCGGGGUAUGGUUUUGAUGAUUCAGCAGGUGACUGUCAUCUCUGUGAUAGUUCUAGAACAAGAGUUCAUUGCCUCUAAGCCUUGAGAUGAAACCGCAAGCAGUGUAUGGUUUGGUAUGUGGUUGUUAAGCUUCAAAACCCAAGUGAGAGUUGGCAAAUUUGAACAACUGCAUGUUUCCUGAUAUUUACUUUUCUGUUUUAAAGUAAAUAAAUAAAGCAAAAGUAAAGUUACAUUCCCUAUGUGUGUUUUGAAAAAAAAAUAAUACUGAAAUCCUGAACUAUUACUGAACUUCUGGCAUCAGGUGACUAGGUACAACUGGCUAGCUAUAAAAGCACUGUACACUAAUUCCUGUUCUGCUGGGUUAUAGUUAUGUCAUGUACAGUCAUUCUUCAGGGUUGUUUUUUUCUGAACUCCAGCAAGCUUGCUGCUGAUGCAGAACUGGGAGGAGUGGCUGAUAAGCCAGAAGGCUGUGCUGCCAUUCAGUGAGACCUGGACAGGCUGGAGAGUUGAGUGGAGGGAAACCUAAUGAAGUGCAACAAGGGCAAGUGAAGGGUCCCUCACCUGGGGAGGAAUAACCCCAGGCACCAGUACAGGUUGGAGGCAGACCUGCUGGAAAGCAGCACUGCAGAGAAGGACCUGGGACUCCUGGUGGAUGAGUUAACCAUGAGUCAGCAAUGUGCCCUUGUGGUGAAGAAGGUCAGUGGUAUCCUGGGGUGCAUUAGGAAGGGUGUGACCAGCCAGGAGGUUAUCUUCCCCUUCUGCACUGCCUUGGUGAGGCCACAUCUGGAGUACUGCAUCCAGUUCUGGGCUCCCCAGUUCAAUAAAGACAAGGAACAAUUGGAGAGAGUCCAGUGGAGAGCUACAAAGAUGACAAGGGGACCUGGAGAAGAGAAGAUUAAGAGGGGAUGUUAUCAGUCCUAAGUCUUAAGGGCAGCUGUCCAGAGGAUGGGGCCAUACCCUUUUCAGUGGUGCCCAACAGAAGGUUAAGGGAUGAUGGGCACAGACUGAAACAAAGUUCCAUCUGAAUAUGAGAAGAAACUUCUUUGCUUCAAGGGUGCCAGAGCACUGGAACAGCCUGCACAGAGAGAUUGUGGAGUCUCCUUCUCUGGAGACAUUCAAAACCUGCCAGGCUGUGAUUGUGUGCAGCCUGUUCUAGGUGAAUGUGCUUUAUCAGGGGAGUUGGACUAGAUGAUCUCCAGAGGUCCCUUCCAACCCCGACAAUUUUGUGAUUCUCUAAUUUUAAGUUGAGGAGAAUUACCACUGAUGUAUUAGAAGCUCAGAAAUUCCCAAAAAGCAUUUAUUAAUAGAUACCAUUGACCUUUCUCAGGCCAGGAAUAAUAAGCUCUUCCUGAUCCUGCACUUCAUGGUACUGUAAAAUUCUGUAUUCUUCCUGCUCCUCAAAAAUGGCUGCUUGCUGUUCAGCUCCCAUGUAACUCUCAUUCUGUCUCCCUUUUAAUUUCCUCCAGUCUGAGAGCCUGAUGGAGAUAUUCUGAGCAAGAAGCACAGAGAUGCUUGUAGGCUUUAAGGGAAUGAGCUUUUAUUGCCUAGUGGUUGCAACAGUUUCUGAUUCUUUCCUUUUUUUUUUUUUUUUUUCAAUUUCCUCAUCUUCCUCUUUUCCUCCUUUGCUUUUUCCCCUCAACUCCUCAACUCAGGAGCAGUGGCCUCUGAAGCCUACACGUGAAGUAGCUUCGAAGUGUCCUGUAUAGCACAACUUGGGAAUAUCUACAUUAGGUAGUGCAAGUGUUUGUUUGCACGAAGAUUUAAGUCUUCCAAAUACAAUGACUGAAGUCUCAUUUUUGGAGUUGCAUUAAAAUCUUCUAACUCGACAAGACCAGAAAGAAAUGGCAUUCAGGAAAGCUGUAGAACAACGAAAUGUGGAGAAGGGAUGCAGAUGCUGGAAGGAGAACUCUUACUGCAGGCAUUAAAUGGUUUUGUGUUAGUUGUUACGGCCGAUGCUCUGGUUUUUUAUGUCUCUUCCACUAUCCAAGACUACUUGGGGUUCCAACAAUCUGAUAUUAUACACCAGAGUGUGUUUGAAUUGAUUCACACAGAAGACAGACCUGAGUUCCAACGACAGCUACACUGGGCAUUAAAUCCUGCCCAGUCUGCAGAUUCUGGACCAAGCAUACAGGGAGAUAAUGGCUUUUCACAGCCAGAUACCUAUUAUAACCCAGAGCAACUUCCUCCAGAGAAUUCUUCCUUUAUGGAAAGGAAUUUCAUCUGCAGGUUGCGAUGCCUCCUGGAUAAUUCCUCUGGGUUCCUGGCUAUGAAUUUUCAAGGACGAUUAAAGUUUCUCCAUGGACAAAACAAGAAAGGGAAGGAUGGUACUACUUUGUCUCCUCAGCUCGCUCUGUUUGCCGUAGCAACUCCCUUGCAGCCACCAUCUAUCCUUGAGAUACGAACCAAAAACUUCAUCUUCAGAACUAAACACAAACUGGAUUUCACACCAACUGGCUGUGAUGCAAAAGGAAAGAUUGUCCUGGGAUACACUGAAGCAGAGCUGUGUAUGAGAGGAACAGGAUACCAGUUCAUUCAUGCAGCUGAUAUGCUUUAUUGUGCUGAAAAUCAUGUCCGAAUGAUGAAGACAGGUGAGAGUGGAAUGACUGUAUUUAGGCUUCUAACCAAAGAAAAUCGAUGGGCCUGGUUACAGGCAAAUGCACGUCUUGUCUACAAAAAUGGAAGACCAGAUUACAUCAUUGCCACGCAAAGACCUCUUACAGAUGAAGAAGGGGCAGAACAUCUACGGAAGCGUAACAUGAAGUUGCCUUUCAUGUUUGCCACUGGCGAGGCUGUGUUGUAUGAGGUGUCUUUCCCUGUGUCGAGCCUUAUGGAUCCCUCUCAGAUGAAGAAUAAAAGCACGAUGGGAAAAGGAACCAAAGCAACGCUACACAAUGACUCUGUGGAUCCAAACUCCCUCCUAGGUGCCAUGUUAAGGCAAGACGAGUCUGUAUACCUCUGCCCACCAGCAUCACAGAAACUUUCCUUUGAGCGGAAUUUCUUUGCAGACAGCAGGGAUGAACUGGGUGGUGGUGGUAGCAGCAGCUGGACAGGUAAUCUCCUGCCUGCUGGAAAUCACAACGUUCUCAAGCAGGAGCUGGUGCAGUGUUCUCAGGACAGUACUAUUCCGCUUCCUGAAGACAGUGCAGCACUCUUUCAGGAUAACAAAACCAGUGAUUUGUACAGCAUCAUGAAAAAUCUGGGCAUUGACUUUGAAGAUCUAAAGUGUAUUCAACAGGAUGAGGAGUUUUUUAAAGCUGAAUUGUCUGGUAUGGAUGAUAUUGGGGACAUUGAUAUAACUGAUGAAAUCCUGACUUAUGUUCAGGAUUCCUUAAAUAAAUCUGACUUCUUAUACUCAGGCUGUAACCAGCAGCAGCCCCUGGUCCAGAAUGAAGGUUGCUUGGUACAGCAAGAGUUGGAUCCACAUCAACUUCAUCAGCACCAGAAACACCUGGUGGAACAGCAACAGCAGCAGCAACAGCAGCAGCAGCUCUGUCAAAAGAUGAAACACAUGCAAGUCAAUGGGAUGUUCACAAACUGGAGCUCUGGCACCAGCAUGCCUCUUAGCUGCUCGCAGCAGCAGCCCCAGCAAUACGUAUUCCCUGGCGUGCAUGGCACUACCUCAGAGUUCUCCUACAAAUCAGAAGUAAACACUUCCCCUUAUGCAUGUAGGCAAGAGUUUCUUCCUUACAAGCAACCCACAGCAACGGUGUCCCAGCUUUCUAAUUUUGCUCAAAUGGAUUUCCCUGUAGCAAGUUUUGACAGAUCAACCUACUCUGCUCCUUCCAACUUGGAGGAUUUUUUCAGUUGUUUGCACCAAGUCCCUGAAAAUCAUGACUGUGAGAUGAACUCCGAGUCGGUUAUGUUAACUCCUCAAACAUGCUAUGCGGGCGCUGUUUCUAUGUAUCAGUGCAUGCAAGAAGCACAGCCCAGCUGCGUGGAUCAAAUGCAGUAUGAUCCUAUGAUAGCAAGUCAACAAACCUUGUUGAACAAGUUCCAAAAUGGUUUCAAUGGAGGAAACGUAAAUGAAGCAUAUCCCUCUCAGUUAGAUGUGAUCAGUAAUGCACAGACUGCUACACAUCUUCAGCCUCUUCAUCAUCCGACAGAACCCAGAUCCUUCUCAGAUUUGGCAUCUAGUGGAUUUAUGUGAUUCAGAUCUAGAGCUCCAUCUGUGAUUUUGUCUGGGCGUCAGGCUGCUCUGAGGAAAAGCUUGCUAAGACUGUCUUUGAGCAUUGGACUUUUAACAGCUAAAUUACAUUUUGAGAAUAUGAGGUUGGUUGCACUAUAUACUGGUGGAUAUGUAAUCCAAGACCUGGCUUUUUGAGUGACAGGUGGAACUAAAACUUCUGACUAAACUUGUGUGUGUGCUGUUUUCCAUCAGAUUGACUCUGUCAUUGCAGUAUGGAUUACAUAUGUACUACAGACUAUGUCAUGCUAUACAACAUAAGAUAAGGCAAAUGGUUUUGUUAUUUAGAAAAUAAUUGGGCACUUUACAAAUAGCAUCAAUGGCACAAGGAAGAUGAUUUCACACGUGGAUUAUUUCCAGGCUUUAUUUUUUAAAAAUCUAGUAAAAAGCUCUGAAUUCGUGAGAAUCAAAAGCACUUAAUUUUAAUGCAUACUAAGCUCUUUAAUCACUUAUUUUAUAUUUAAAUUCUUUUGUUUUAAGUCUCCAUUUCUAGCACUUUAAUAGAAAGCUUAAUACAAGGAUAUGAUAUGCAACUUCAGGUUUUCUAUGAAACAGAUCCCUUGCAUUCCUCCUUUUCUUGUCAACCUUAAGUGCCUCACAAUUUAGCUACCUUGUUUCUGAUGGGAGCUUAUUUUAGCAAAACUCACUAUAUAAAUGUCAUCCAUAUUAUGCGAACUUUUAUGUAACAUCUACAGUGCUACUGGCUGUAUCUUUUUUGUUCCCCUGAAGAUAAUUUGUUUAAAGUAUGACUUAAUUCUUUAUCUGUGGAUUUGUUACACUAUUAUCAGGAGUUAUUAAUGUUCUGAAUCUAGUUCAGUUUUAGAGUUUUGGUUUAUUCUAUGCUGGUUUUCUGCUUUCUUCAGCUAAAACAGGGUAUAUUAAAAAAGCAGAUUUUGCUGAGGGAAAGGAGCAGAUCCUCAGGAUUUGUUUUUGAUUAUUAAUGUUAAAAAACCUGUGCCUUAUCUUGUGUUAAAAUGGUCAUAAUGUUCUUUAGAAAUAAUACAAGGCUGCUCUAUGCAAGUACUUUCAUUGAGAUGAAUAUUGAAAAGGAUUACAUUUUUAAAUAAGGGGGAAAGAAGUCUCAAUAGCAGUUGGUAUUAGCAUUUACUUUGACUGCAGUUUUCAGUGUUCAUAGUGGGGAAAGGGUCAGUUGUGGUUUAAAGUUUAUCCCUAGCAAAUUGCACUGCAAAGUACAGAGAGGUUAUUCUUUUUAUGUGUGUUGAUCCAUUUGAAAAGCCUUGUGCAAAAUAUGAAAUUGGGGAAAGAAAACAGUCAUUAGAGGAAUUCUUGUAAUAGGUUUUAUUUUUAGGAAAAGGAAACUAAACAAAAACAAAGAAACAAACAAAAAACCACCACAUCCACAAAAACAUUCUGCAGCUUGGUUUUGUUUUUAUCUGAGAGGAUUGUUAGAAUUGCAGACACCAAUGUUUGGUGCAAAAUAAUAAUCUACAUGAAAAAUACAGAAAUGUGUAUAUGUUCAAAAUAUUUCAUACUCUUGUGUGUUGUAUAGUUCAUAUAUAAUAAAAUGUCUUUGUAAAAUAUUUUAAACAAGUUAAUUUUGAAGUGUUACAUCAUUAUAUGUUCAGAACAAUUUUAUUACAUUUGUUAUAUAUAAUAUAAAAUGGCAAUUUAGCCAGUUUGUUUAAAACAGGCAAAAGUAAAUUGGCUUCCUCCAGAUGGUUGUUAAUAUUGUUUAAUACAAGGACAAUCACUUAAAACUGAAAUCCUUUCAUUGCUGAAACAUCCUUUCUUUCAAGAAGAUACUAUUUUCUUCUAUUCUGUGUGAUACGAUAUGCUAGGCCAAACUUUUAAUUCAGUUAAAGCUUUUCAGAUUAAUAACUUCGACAGUUCUUUUAAGUGAAAUCACCAGAUGUGAAAGGGACAUUAAGGAAUAAAUUACAAUUCAGGAAAAGCCCAUAAAGACAUUGUGGGUUGUAUUAAAAUGUUGCUUUUUUUUUUUUUUUUGUUAACGUUUCAGAUUUUGUUUUCACCACAAGACAUCAGUAACAGGUUUAAUUAGUUUCAUUUGAAUUAAUUUGUGAUUCUGUCUUUUAAUUGAAGUCUUGUUUUGAGCCAAUAUCUGAAACGUCUUCCAUAUCCAGCUACUGUGUAUCAUAUUUGCAUUUGAACUUGAAAAACAGAAAAAUGCUGUAAAACUAGAAGGUUCAAAGGGAUAAUGUAUGUUUUACAUCUUACAAUCCAGUAUAUAUACUGUUUAUGAAUUUAGUUAAACCAAAUACGUGUUGUCCUAUCACUAAGUGCCAAGGAUGCAGUGCUACGGUUGUACUGCCCUACUUACUGUAAACAAGUUAGUUGUUUAUAUGCAUAUCAGCGUAUUUUGUGCAUUAUCUUACGUGUACAACAUUGACUGUAUUAGUGCAUUCUUGAUCUGCACCAAACUGUACCUACAGUGCACAGAUGUUUCUAAAUUGGAUCGCUAUUAGCCUUUCAGGUCUGUUAUAAGUAAGAUUAUAAUCCAGUAUUAGUCAGUAUUACUAUCCAUUUUUGUACAAGUUUUCUUAGCUUGUUUUUCUUUCCAGUUCUUAUCUCUCCUUUGCUAUGCCUGUACAUACCAUGCAAUACACCUCUUGUGUUCAGGUAUGGUUUUGUAGCGCUCUUGCUCAUCUCCAGUAAAGUUUGUAAGACAUAAUAUAUGGUAAUAAAAUAAUCACUUGAAUGUAGCUAAAAUGUAUAUUCUUUUGCUGCAAAAAUGUUUGAUUUCAGCAGUAUACAAAAAGAUACGUUAUCAUAUAGUUAUUAAUAUCUUUUGAGAGCUCGUCAUCUGAUAGUUUACAAAACUAUUGUUAUUUACGUCACUGUGGACUUUGCACUUCUCUAAAUAUUAGAUGCAAAUACAAUGUAUAUAAUGUAGAUCGGUGAAAAAUUGUGUGUGUUUGUCUGUGGAAUUAGUAUUUUAUACUGGCAUGAAACCGUGUUUAUUUAUAAACCUUGUAAAUAGUAAGCCCCAAUUAGCAGUUGGAAGGCUUCUGUAUUCAUUGCUUAGUGACAGUAAAUUGACAGUUCAACAAUACUGAGGCAGGAAUAGAUUUCUGCAUAGAUGCUGCUAAAAAUAAGCAUUUUCUGUUUUGAGAUUUGUAGCUGGCCAUUGGUAACCUAUUUACUGUUUGUUGCUAUUUCAUAAAUAGUGAUUUUAAGUUAAAAAACCA